AUGCCGAUAGGGUCUAUUACAUCCAUGGUCAUGGCUGCCACUGCUGUGGUACUGACCGCGUCUGUCAUCGCUGGGACUGUAACCAUGGUCAUUAUAUUUCAGGUGCAGACCGAGGGCUUGAAUAUGACACCAGCUCCAACCAAUGGACCCACAACUGCACAACCAAAACCAGAGAUGCGGCUGCCGAAGAAUCUCAUACCUGAGCACUACGAGGUCUUCAUCCAACCUCACCUCUACUCUCAAAUCAUUGAGGUUGUGAAUGAAACCAGUCCCAACCAAACGAUGCUCUUCACAGGACACUCAACUGUUUACUUUAACUGUGUCACGCCAACUAGCAGCAUCUACCUCCACAGCAGGGACCUGGUGGUUGAAAAUGCUACGGUGAAGGAUACUGAUAAUAAUCACAUAAUAAAUGUGGUCGGAAAGGACCACCACAAAGAUGGCAGCGACUUCCUGCAGAUUAAGUUGGGGAAAUCAUUGACGAAAGGAAAGAACUACAGUUUGUAUCUGGAUUUCACUGGAGAAAUUUCUGAAAAUCUUGAAGCGCUGUACGUAAGCACGUACACAGAAAAUGUCACAUCCAAUGAAGUUCAUUCAGAUUCAAUGAGGUACCUUGCUGCCACUAAUUUAGAACCAACAGAUGCCAGGAAAGUGUUUCCUUGUUUCGAUGAGCCAGAAAUGAAAGCAACGUUUGAUGUGACCGUCAAACACAGGAAAUCCAUGUCAGCUAUAGGAAACGCGAAGAAGAAAACUGACAACAUCGAUGGAGAAUGGGAAACAACCGUAUUUUAUACAACACCAAAGAUGUCGACGUACUUGUUUGCCAUCGUUGUUUCAGAGUUGGAUCUAAAGUGCACCCAACAUGACCGUGUGGAAUUAUGUAUGUAUGCUCGCCCUGAGGCCAUUGGCGAUACUGGUUAUGCAGAAAGCAUCUCCUUGAAGAUUCUCAAAUUCUACGAGGACCGUUUUGGAAUUACGUAUGGUCUGAACAAGCUAGCUCAAGUUGCACUGCCGGACUUAAAUCCUGGGGCAAUGGAGAACUGGGGAUUGGUCACAUACCAGGAAGCAGGCCUUCUUUAUGAAGAAGGAGUGUCAUCACUGUUGCACAAGGAAGUGAUUGCCACCCUUAUUGCACAUGAACUGGCACACCAGUGGUUUGGGAAUCUGGUGACAAUGAAAUGGUGGAACCAACUCUGGCUGAAUGAGGGCUUUGCCACUUACAUGUCAUACUUCGCAGUGGACCAUGUUGACCCCACCUUUGAAGUAGAAGACAUGUUUAUCAUGAACGACCUCCAUACAGCAUUUGAGGACGACGCUUUGGCUUCGUCCCAUGCUCUCAGUGUUCCGCAGGGCGACAUCCAGAAGACUUAUGAGAUCAUUGAGAUGUUUGAUACUAUAACCUACAGCAAGGGGGCUAUUGUCCUGAGAAUGCUGGCAGACGUCGUAUCGCAAAAUACUUUCAACAAAGGGAUCAAUUGGUAUCUCAAGGCCUUCGAAUUUGAAAACGCUGACCAGAAUGACCUCUGGGAGUAUAUACAGAAGGCUGUAUACGCUGAUCGCGGUAAUGAGGAGGUUGCCGAGAUUAUGGACACGUGGACCAAUCAAGUUGGAUAUCCUGUCGUCACCAUCAACACUACCAGUGGUGCAAUUUACCAGAAGCGCUUCCUGUUCAAUGAUACUGCUACUGAUACUGAGUCUAGAAUUGCGUGGCACAUCCCUAUCCGAGUCAUGACAAGUAAGAACACUGAAUUUGGUCCCGACUGGUUGACAACAGAGUCAGCAACUAAAGAUGGAUUCCAGUCAAAAGAUGGAGAGUGGAUCCUAGCAAAUGUCAACUGCACUGGAUAUUACAGAGUGAAUUACGACCCAGACAACUGGCAACGCCUCUUGGAUCAGCUAUCGACAAACCCCAAUAUGAUUCCAGUGAUGAACAGAGGGCAGCUUAUUGAUGAUGCAUUUAACUUGGCAAGAGCCAAAAUGGUCGACGUGCCUCUAGCUCUGAAUUUCACCCAGUUCCUUUAUAAUGAGACAGCAUACCUCCCUUGGGAGUCUGCAGUGAGGAACCUCAAGUACUUUGUCCUCAUGUUUGACCGCUCUGAGGUGUAUGGACCAAUGCAGACAUACCUCCGUUAUCAGGUUGAAGGCCUGUAUAACUUCUUCAGUAACUACACUGACAGUUCCACUGUCCCAGUGAAGCACUCCCUACAGCAUAAUCAGAUCACCGCUAUAGAUGUGGCCUGUUCCAAUGGGCUCCAAGCAUGUCUGGACAUGACUAAAAGGCUGUAUCACAACUGGAUGGAACCUAACGGCACCAACGAGAUCCACCCCAACCUGCGGUCUGUAAUCUACUGCCAAGCUGUGGCUCAGGGUGGGAAGAAAGAGUGGGAGUUUGCCUGGGAGAAAUUUCAGAGCUCCAAUAAAACCUCAGAGAAAGACCAGCUCCGAGAAGCUCUGUCCUGCACCAAGAAGACCUGGCUGCUCAACAGAUACCUGGAGUACACCUUGGACCCUGAGAAGAUACGGCUGAUGGAUGUUGCUUCCACUAUUAACUAUAUUGCCAAUAAUGCGGCGGGGCAGGCACUGGCAUGGAACUUUAUCAGGGCACACUGGGACUACGUCAGUCUGGGGGAUGGAGCCAUGCUGAUCGAGGGAGUGACCAGACGCUUUUCCACACGAUUUGAACUGGAAGAGCUGGACCUUUUUGCCAAAACCUAUGACCUGGGUCCCGCUACUGCAGCGGUGGAACAGGCCAUAGAGCAAACCCGAGUCAACAUCCAGUGGGUCCUUGAGCACAAAGAGAUUGUACUGGACUGGUUUGAAACUACCGUGAACAACUACAAUCUUUGA